GAAAAUCGACAUGGCUCGAGCUCAAGCACUGAAGGACGCCACUUGUGACGGAAAACCUUACUUUGUCUCAUCGCGGUGUUACUGCUGUUUUGUUAUUUUUUGUUUGUUUAUGUCGAAAAGGAGUACAUGUGUCAACGGUUAUAACUCACGAGUAUUUUUGUAGCAACGUUUGUACUCGACGACGACACUGUAAGCUCACGAAGAUAAAAAUGUUUGCUUGAAAUGUUGAAGUAUUAGUUAUAAAAGAUUACGGUGUAGUACCGAUCCUGUACUGUAAGCUAAUGCUAGUAGAAAUAGAGUUGAGGAAUAGGUAACACGUGUGUCUUACGUGCUAAUACAUAGUCACUGAGUUUCAAACAAAAGUAAAACAAAUACAGUUGCUUAAUUGUGUUAGCUAACUACUAUAAUUUAUAAAAUGCAUUGGUUACAUCAGCACUGAACGAAGGCUUUCAAUCAAAAUACUCGAGACUAAGAGGCACACUAACAAAAACGAACACGUGCAAUUUGGAGGAGAAUGAAUCGGUUCCGGAACUGACGUCAUCAUGAUUACCGUAGCGUCGGCUAUAGAAAGACACUUUUCGCAGACAAAUGAGCGUCUUCAUUGUAUUAAAGAGGCGCUCGGUUCACCAACGAGUUUCCAUGGGGCUGCGCACGAGUUGCUAGAAUGGUGCAGUGAUACCCGAGCAUUUCAAAGCGUUUUUGAAGAAAGUUUAGUGACUUGCCUUACGGUUGUUAGUCAAAACGCUGCUCAGCGAGGCUUUGACCUCGACCUUGGUUACCGUCUGCUGGCAGUUUGUGCAGCCCAGCGAGAUAAAUUGUCUCCAAAGUCUGCCUCACUCUUGACGGUUUGGUGUGAGGACUUGGGAAGGCUUUUACUCCUUCGUCACCAGAGAAACAGAAGCGGUGAAAGAGGAGGUUUUAAAGACCUGUCGCUGGACUAUCAACACACACUGAAGUCGCUUCCUCCUGUUAAACAAAGUGAUACUACUACCAUGGCCACAAUGGGCUGGCAACAGACGCCGCCAGCUGGUUAUGGUCCCCACCAUCAAGCUCCACAACAGCAGUUAUCUGUAGUGACCACUGUUUGGGGAGUGACCACAAGCACUCAGAGUGGACCAUUGGCACACAAUUCAUAUACAGGUACCAACACAUCUAUGGCACAAGUUCCAUAUGGUCAAAGUCAGCAUGGUUACCCUGGCAAUAAUCCAACAGGCAUGUCUUCAAAAGUUUAUCCUCCUCAGGGCAUGAGUGGAAGACCAGCUCCUCCAGGAUAUAAUGGUUAUGACCUAACAUCAACCUCUAUGGGAGGACCAAUGAUGGUUCCUGGUAAUGGACCCUCUGGAGAUUACCAGAACCCUUCAGGUGCUCUUAAUGCAGCAGCGCUUGUAGCAAGAGCUGCAGCUGCUGCUACUGCUACUGCUACAGCAACAGCUAGUGUUGUGGCAUUCCAGGAGCAGCAGCAGGAAGCAGUAAUGGGUAGCCAGUUCAGUAGUCAGUUGCCUGGUAUGAAAGAACAGCAACAAUAUCGGGACAGUUAUGGAGCUCAACAUUUACCACAUGGCUUGGGUCAGGUGGAGAACCACAUGAGCAGCCCUAUGGCAGGGACUAUGACAUCUAUGGAUGCUUCAUUGGGCAUAAUGAACAACCCCAUGAUGAAUUCUGCCAACUCAAUGAACCACUUUAACUCGCAGAAUGUCAUGAAUGGACCCGUGACUAUGAAUACUCAGAUGAACAAAGCUGGUAUGCAAGUUCUACCAAGUAUGGGGAGUGGAGGUACAACCAUGUACCAAGGGCCUCCAGUAGGGAUGAGUCCACAACCCAGAAGUCGUGUAACUCCAUAUCCAAGUCCUGCCCAGUAUUUAGCGGAGAAACGACAGUCACAGUAUAACAAUGCUAUGAUUUCACAGUAUAGUUCUAACAUGCCACCCUAUGGAGCCAGUACUCAGCAGUCAUAUAGUUCUUCACAGUAUUCAAUAGGUCAACCUGCCCAAUUUGUCAAGCAACCACAUCAGUAUCCUUCAUCUUUACAACAGCCCAUCUCUUCCAUGGCUUAUCCACCUCAACAAACAAUGCGACCAUCCAUGAGACCACAAGGAUCUUCCUAUAUGGCACAACAAGGCCAGUAUUAUCCAUCAGGUCAAGUGAACGGUACCGCACCACAACUCCAACAUGAACAACCGUACAAUGGAAAUACGUAUGUUAAUCCUCCAAACUAUCAGAGGAGUUUUAGUUACCAACAGCCAUCAGUCCCAGGAAAUCCUACCCCACCUCUUACACCAGCUUCAGGACUGACCCCGUACAUCACAUCCAGUCAUGGUGAUGUAAAGCCUAUGGUGCAUCAAGGAAAAGAUGCUGAGUUAAGACUGACUUUUCCCGUCAGAGAUGGAACUAUUUUGCCUCCUUUCCGGUUGGAACACAAUCUGGCUGUCAGCAAUCAUUUCUUCCAACUAAAGCCCUCUAUACAUCAAACUUUAGUGAUGCGUUCAGACUUAGAGUUGCAGUUGAAGUGCUUUCAUCAUGAAGACAGGCAGAUGAACACAAACUGGCCUACCUCAGUACAAGUGUCCGUCAAUGCUGUACCUAUCACUAUUGACAGAGGUGAAACUAAAACAUCUCACAGACCUCUUUAUCUCAAAGAAGUGUGUCAUCCAGGUCGAAACACUAUUCAGAUCACUGUGACGGCUUGCUGUUGUUCUCAUUUAUUCCUUUUACAACUUGUCCACCGGCCAACAGUAAAGUCUGUUCUUCAGGGUUUGCUGCGUAAACGUCUUCUUCCCGCAGAACACUGUGUAUCCAAAAUCAAAAGAAACUUUAAUAAUGUAGCUACAACUGGUGGUGAUGGUGUGGAACAAACAGCCAUCAAAGUCUCCUUGAAAUGUCCAAUCACAUUCAAGAAAAUAAAUCUUCCCGCUCGAGGAGAAGAGUGCAAACAUAUACAGUGCUUUGACUUACAGUCCUACCUACAGCUAAAUUGUGAAAGAGAAUCCUGGAGAUGUCCAGUAUGCAAUAAAACAGCAGUGUUAGAGAAGCUAGAAGUCGACCAAUACAUGUGGGCUGUCUUGAAUAAUCUAAGUAAGUCAGAAGUUGAAGAAAUCACAAUAGAUGCUUUAGCAUCGUGGAAACCUGUUUCUAUCAAACCAGUGAAAGAAGAGCAUGAGCAAGACUCAUGUGGUGGACAUAAAUGGUUUAAAGCCAUGUCACCAGGAAGCAUGACCUUACCAACUAGUAACAGCUGGGAAGUUGGUCAAGCCAUGUCACCAUACUCUGCUAUGGUUCAACCUGACAUGAACU